AUGAGUGAUCGAUUUUUUAAAAAUAAUUAUCCUGAUUAUAAUGGUGAACAAUAUCUCGGCCCUGAUAAUCAAUUAAUUCCUCAAUUAGGGUCAACUAUCACUCAAUGGAUUGGAGAUCAUUUACGUAUACUUGAACACAAUCUCAAUAGAACUGAUCCUAGUGAUGGAUCAGUUUAUACUGGUAGUGCAGGUAUCGCAUUACUCUACAUGCGUAUUGCUCAACUUUUACCAGAGCAAGCCAGUAAUUACAUGUCCAAAGCAAAAGCAUUAAUUGAUUCAACAUUAAGACUACUUGAUGGACAAGUAAUAACAUUUUUAUGUGGUGAUUCAGGACCAUUAGCAAUAGCAGCAGUAGUUUAUUACAAAUUUGGUGAUCAAAAAACAUCAGAUCAAUGUAUUCAAAAAAUUUUAUCUAUGAAGAAAAAUGCAUUGAGUCAUUCAAAUCCAGAUGAACAUCUAUAUGGUCGAGCUGGUUACCUUUAUACAUUAAUGUUUCUUCGACGAGAAAUUGGACAUCAUAUUAUUGAUGCUCAACAUAUUACUGAUAUCUUUGAAACUAUGAUUAAAUCAGGUGAAAAAUAUGCACGACAAAGAGGUGAAAGAUCUCCAUUAAUGUAUCAAUGGCAUGGUUCUGAAUAUCUGGGAGCAGCACAUGGUGUUUGCGGAAUAGUUUAUCUUCUUCUCAAAGUAGCACAUCAUGAAUCAUUUGCUCAUCUUCGACCAUAUAUUGAUUCACACUUAUUACCAACUGUUGAAUUUCUUCAAUCAAAAUGUUUAUCAAGUGGCAAUUAUAUGUCAUCUAGUGAUAGUGCAUCAGAUAAACUUGUACAAUGGUGUCAUGGUGCACCUGGUUUUAUUUAUUUAUUUAAUCAAGCAUAUGAAAUGACUGGUAAUGGCUCAUAUAUGCAACGAGCUUCAGCGGCUGGUGAUGUUGUUUGGGCACGUGGACUAUUAACAAAAGGUUAUGGUCUUUGUCAUGGUGCAGCAGGUAAUGGUUAUGCAUUUCUUGAUCUAUAUCGUGUAACACAUGAUCCAAAAUGGCUUCAUCGAGCAAUAAAAUUUGCUGAAUUUUGUUUGGAUUAUGGAAAACAUAAUUUAGCAAGAACACCAGAUCAUCCAUUUUCACUUUUUGAAGGUUUGGCUGGCACGAUUUAUUAUAUGGCUGAUGUACUUACUCCAACGCGUGCUCGAUUUCCAGCAUUUGAAUAA